GGCUCUCUCCGUCUUGCUUGUCUCAAAAAAAAAAAGGCUCUCUCCGUCUUGCGGACGGGUGUCUCCCGCAGGAGGCGGCGGUCUUGCAGGGGCACGGCGCACCGGCGAACGCCGGCGAGCCGUCGGUCGACCGAUCGAGGGGCGGCGGCAGCGCUGCUUCUGUGCACCAUGAGCGACGCCCUCAUGCUCCCUCGGAUGAAUGGAAUCAUGCGACGUAGGAAGGAGGCAGUCCGCCGCCGUUGCUGCUCCGCCUCAAGGCCGCUCAGAUGGUGCAUGUCCCUCGCCAGAUCAUGAUGCGCAAAAAGUCCGUCAUGGUCUAUCGGUCAAAUGGAUGGUCAAUACCCACAACAACCCUGCUCCCCCCGGAGCAGGCUGAAGGCAGUGGAGCUAGAGAUGCGAACUUGCCUCAUCCUCCUUCUCUGGCUGAGGUCAUGCUGGAGGCCGGGAGGAACAAAUGGGAGACCAUCCGUUUGUUGGAACGCAUCGAACAGAACACAUCACUGCAUCAGAGGAAUAACUUGGUGUCGCUCAGUGACUUCAUCAAGUUACAUCCACCCACCUUCUAUCACUCCGUCGAGCCCCUCAACGCCAAUGAUUGGCUUCGUAGCAUUACCCACAAGCUACGUUCCGCACUCGUAGCUGAGGCUGAUAAGGUCACUUUUGUUGCCUAUCAUCUUGAAGGCCCCGCCAGUCUCUGGUGGGAGAACUAUGAGGCCAUGCGCCCAGCUGGCCAGGUCACUACUUGGGUAGAAUUCAGUGAGGCUUUCUGUGAACAUCACAUUUUGGAGAGUCUUAUGGAUCGCAAGCGUGAGGAGUUCUGCAGUUUCACCCAAGGUACUCUCUGUGGAUGCAUACAGCAGGGAGUUCGGUAACCUAGCACGUUAUGCAACUGAGGAAGUUUUCACUGAUGACAAGAA